GAGAGAAACUUAAACCCAAAGCAAUCAAACUGCUUUUGUUUUAGUCUGUAAAGCAGUUCUGUUUCCCAAAGUACUCGGAAGAAGACGAGAUAGGUUCAUUUCCGGGCUAGAAUCCGAACCAGAAAAGGGUCCUGGUCCGAUCAAUCCGGUUUGAUACUUUACCAAUUAAACCGUAACUGUCUAUCUCGGAUUCUCGCCAUUGUUUCUAGCCGAGACGAACCCAUAAACCAGGUUUCAGAGUAAAACUGCUCAGGAACAGCAAUGGCGUACGAAAGUGGUGACCUGGUUGAAAUCUGCAGCAAAGAAGAGGGGUUCGUGGGUUCUUACUACUCUGCACUGAUCAUCUCUGCUGUGGAAAAGACUCAUUUCUUGGUGGAAUAUAAGACUCUUUUAGCCCAAGAUGGGAAGCGAUUGUUGAGAGAGAUCGUCUGUGCUGAUGACAUAAGACCUUAUCCUCCUGCAAUUCAGGUUUCUAAAUUUGGUAAAUUCGACAGAGUGGAUGCCUACGAUAACGAUGGAUGGUGGGUUGGAACGAUCACCAAAAGAAACAAGUCCAAGUAUCAUGUCUACUUCGAAAUCUCUGGAGAAGGAAUUGAGUACCCUGUUUCUAAGUUGAGAGUUCAUCAGGAGUGGAAAAAUGGCAAAUGGGAGUAUCUUCUCGAUAAAGGCCCUUGAAACAGCUUUAAUUUGGUUCCACAGCAGAGAUAGAGAGGAAUGAAGGAGGGAUUGUUCAAUUGCUGUAUAUUGAAUUCAAGACAUUUACAAUCCUCUGUUUCAUUGUAAACUCGUUAAAGACUUGAAACUGAAAUUUAGUCAGUGUUGUGGUUAAUUUUGUAUGGAAAUCCAGUCCUGACUGCUGCUGAAUCA